AUGUGUUGUGUGGCAUAUCCAGAACCUAUAUAUACACAAACACUAUAUUUAGCACAUAUUAAUUUUGAAACUCGCGCAUCCAUUCUCAAAUUAUAUUAUUACUGUGCUUUUAAGUCAACUUGUUCAGUGUUUGCGAUUUUCCUCAUCAUUCAUUUUAUAUACACAGGGAAUGUAUUUAUUCCAAUAUAUCAUCUUAAUACCCCUCGUUUUAUUAAGAUGAGUGAAUACGAUUAUCUAUUCAAGAUAUUGAUCAUAGGUGAUAGUGGAGUCGGCAAAUCUUCACUUUUACUUCGUUUUUCGGACGAUACUUUCAACGAUUCUUUCUUAAGUACAAUAGGUGUAGAUUUUAAGAUUAAAACCGUAAAUAUUGAUAAAAAAUCUGUUAAACUUCAAAUUUGGGACACUGCUGGGCAGGAACGAUUUAGGACCAUAACAUCAUCGUAUUAUAAAGGUGCUCAGGGGAUUAUUGUUGUUUAUGAUGUUACUAACAAAGAGUCAUUUGACAAUGUCAAAAAAUGGUUAGAUGACAUUGAAAAAUAUGCUGCUCCCAGUGUCACCAAAAUGCUUGUUGGCAACAAGAUUGACGUAGAAGCCAAUCGCCAAGUUAAAUCUCAAACGGCAAAAGAUUAUGCAACCAGUCAAAAUAUGACCUUUAUUGAAUCAUCUGCCAAAGAAUCUACUAAUGUGGAAAGGGCUUUCCUCUUAAUGGCUGAAUCAUUGAAGAAUUCAUCUAAGACAACACACGGUUCAGGUUCAGCUAAGAAGAAUAUUAAAGUUGGUGAAAAAAUUCACACACAUAAGCCUUUAUUUGGAAGUUGUUCUGAAGGUUCAGGGUCUGGUUCAUUUAAUAAUUUUAAAUCGUGCGGUACAUGA